AUGAGGAAAAUAAAAAAUAAAGCUUCUAUUUUCUUCGAAGAUCAUCCUGUACAAAAAUGGGAUCUGCGAUCGCCAAUUCCCUAUACAUUUGAUGCAUCUUUAGCUUUUACUUUUUUUCUUUUAUCUUUUUUCUGGUAUAUUUUUUACGAUCUUACCUUUCAGCCGAAUUUGACAAAACGACGUCCGAAAUGCUUUAAAGGAGAUCGAAGAAAAAACCUGCAUUCGUUUCGAAUACCUCGCCACAGCACCGAAAGGAUAUCACAUAAAUUAUCAAAAGGUGGACAGCGCGACAUUUUGCGGCCUCUCGUAUAUUGGGAGAGUGGAGCCAGCGAAUCCAGUUUAUCUCAGCUUUCAGUGUGGAAAUGUGAGUUCCCAUCACAAAUAUUACUUACAGCAAGAGGAAUCGCCAUGCAUGAAACACUUCAUGCGCUCGGAUUGAACCAUGAACAUCUACGAAGUGAUCGUGACCAACACGUGAAGAUUGAUUGGAGUAACAUCAAUCCACAGCAUUACGAUUAUUUUGUUAUCGCUGAUUCGAAGCUCUAUACCACGUAUGGAAUCAAAUACGACUAUGGAAGCAUAAUGCACUAUAACGCCUACAUGGGAGCACUGAACAUCGCGAAACCGACCAUAAUACCUAAGGUAGAUGAAGCUGUAAAUAUGGGAAAACUAGGUCAGCGAGAAAAGUUGAGCGAUGCAGAUGUCGAGAUUCUUAACAAAAUGUACUGCAUGCCAGGUUGCGACGAUACGAAUGUUUACUGUGGCGCUUGGGCCCUGAAAGAAUUGUGCAAUCAUCCAAAUCACAAAGGUUGGAUGGAAAAGAAUUGUCAAAAGAGCUGUAACUUCUGUAAUUUCCGCUGA